AUGAAAAUAUAUAAAAAAGACCAGACAAAGUACAAUGUUUUUCUGGAUCUGUUGCCCGAAGACAUUGAUGAUAUCUACGAGCUGUACCGAAUAAUAGACAGCCAGGAUAGGGUGAAAACGCUCACGCAGAGAAAUAUUUCUGCAGAAAGCGGUAAAACGAAAAUACGCAUGUCUUUGGUGCUGGAAAUAGAAGUAGAAAACGUAACAGUCGAUCUCUCUGUGGGGAUGCUCUUCAUAAAAGGAAAGAUUUUAAACGAAACGGAGUACACGAAAGUUGGCUCGUUCCACACGUUAGAAGUGUGCGUAAACCAAAGAAUGUCUCUGAAAAAAGAUCACCUUUCCAGCUCAUCAAUCAAAAUGCUAGAAGAAAUGACCAUCGAAAACAAAGCAACAAUGGCUUAUUUGGUGUGCAGAAAGGAGGGGUAUUCUCUUGUACUGACCACCGACCAUACGACAAAAAGAAUUCCCCUGCUGGAAAAAUCGAAACAGAAAGAAAAAGUCUUUAAACAGAUUCUAGCACACCUCAAAGACAGUCUGACAGUGUUUGUGAUAUUGGGUGGAGACAGAGACGCAGAGGAGUACUUCAAAAAACAGAAAGAGCUAAAAAACAAAAUAGUCGUUAUUAAGAAAACAGUUACAUCGGCUAAUACGCACAAGGGAGACUGCGCAGAAAUAGAACACAUCUACAAAACACCCGAUCUGCUUGCCAAGCUAAAGGGCCUAAAGAAGGGAAACGAGAUAGCUGCGCUUUACAACUAUUUUAUGCUGGAAGAUUCGUAUGUCUCAAAGACAGCGGUUGGCAUGAAAGAGACAGAGUGGGCUGCAGAGAACUUUGUCGUUAAAACACUGAUAGUUGUAGACUGCGCUAUAAAGUCCGAGUGCCCAGACACAAGGAAGAAGAUAGAAAGCAUAAUCACCCUAUCUAAGAAAUCAAAUGCAGAGAUACACAUUAUAUCUCAGUAUACUCCCAACGGAGACAAGAUAAAAGACAAAGGAGGGAUAGUGGCUAUACUCACCCAGCCCAUGGAAAUACAGUCUAUGCUAUAG